AGUGCGUCGGCCAUUUUGAGUUGUUUGUUCAGCGAGGAGCGCUUGUUAUUUUCCUGACAAACGCAGAUCAACGGACCGAAACACUUGAAAGACAUUUCACCCUUUCCCUCCAUCAUUAUGGGUCCACCGCGAUGCAGAUCCCGCCGUCUGUCACCUGAGAGAACGGAGAAUUUCGGUCAGUUUGUCAGUUUAUCUUGACAUGGCAUUCGGGUGUGUGACGACUGUAGUAAAGAUCGAAAACAAACGAAGACCAUCCAGCUAAACCUCCAGUGGGGGCAGGUUUUUAUUGCACUGAGAUCUGUGUACUAAGACGUGGGUUUCUUGUUAGGAUCGUUUUGCGGUGCUUGCUCGGUUCGCAACGGGCUUGGAAGAAAGCUCGAGAAAAUGAGGAGACAUAAUAGCUAGCCAGUUAGCCAGCCACGCGUCAAAGCCAAUAUCUGCUAGCUCGAGAUAAAUAACAGGGCAAAAACAAAAUGUAACUGUCAGACCAUUGAUUAAUAUUAGCUUGACUGCCCUUGUAGAUAUUAAACUCAUAUAGGACCCGCAAGAGAUGUAGCUCCCUUCAACCAGGUUGUCAGUUAGUGGCAAAUCGUUUAUUUAGCUUAGCUAGCAUUAGUUUGCUAGCCAGCCACAAAACAGAGCCUCGCAAUGACACUCAACCGUGGCAGAACGGUUCACGGGCCCAUUUUAUGUCCUUAAACCCCAAAAUGUCCAGCAAACUCCGUGUUCUUACUCCGUGCCAAUAUCUCAUGGCAUCUGCAUUUCUCUGCCAUGGUUGUCUUUCUCACUUGUCAUUCAGAUGUGCUUUUAUGAGACGUUUAUUAUACAAAGACAUGGAUACAAACCAGAAGAAUCGAUCAUGGAAGAGACUUUCCAAAGUCCGCAAUAAUAGUCAAGUCUCUCUGUCAGCUUUUUAGAUAACGUUAAGCAAGGUUUAUUUAACAAAGCCAGGGAUCUGACCCCUUUCACACACACAAUCACGUACAAAAUCUCUGAAUGGUUUUUCAGUGAAGCAGGCAUGUGUCACCUUGCCUUAUUUCAGUGCUAAAACACAGUCGACCAUAUAACGAUUUAAUAUUUGGAUUGAGUCGUUUUAUACCAGCGGGUUCCAUUAUUUACACGUAGACUGUUCGGCCUUUUGUUAAAAAAAAUAAAAAUGGUAUAACCAACGGAAACGUAAUUUAUCAGGAAUAUAUUGCAAAUUUACAUGGCACACGAGCACUACCCACAUUGAUCUGAAAAUGACUUGAUUUGUUUUAGCUAACUUUAUUCCUUAAUUCGAAUUAGUAUGUGCUGCAGGUAGUGCUUGGUUAUAGCUUUCAUUAGUUUUUAAAAGGUUUUGAAAAGCCACUUAGUAAAGAAAACAAAAAGACAGAAAAAGUCUGCAUAAGAACCAUUAUUACUGUCAGUAACAAUGGGAGACCCAAAUUCUCGAAGGAAUCAAACGAGAAACCGACUCCGAGCCCAGCUACGAAAGAAAAGAGAAUCUCUGGCUGAUCAGUUUGACUUCAAGAUCUACAUUGCCUUCGUAUUCAAGGAAAAGAAAAAGAAGUCCGCGCUCUUCGAAGUAGCUGAGGUGGUACCUGUGAUGACCAACAACUAUGAGGAAAAUAUCCUAAAAGGCGUGAAGGAUUCGAGCUACUCAUUGGAGAGUUCUUUAGAACUUCUCCAAAAAGAUGUUGUGCAGUUGCAUGCGCCUCGUUACCAGUCAAUGCGUCGAGACGUGAUAGGUUGUACCCAGGAGAUGGACUUUAUCCUUUGGCCCCGCAAUGAUAUUGAGAAGAUUGUCUGUCUCCUGUUCUCCAGAUGGAAAGGGGCUGAACAUGAACCAUUCAGGCCUGUUCAGGCCAAGUUUGAAUUUCACCACGGAGACUAUGAAAAACAGUUUUUGCAUGCUGUUAGUCGGAAGGACAAGGCUGGCAUGGUUAUGAACAACCCCAAUCAGUCUGUCUUUCUCUUCAUGGACAGACAGCACUUACAGACUCCAAAAACCAAGCUCACAGUUUUCAAGUUGUGCAGCCUCUGUCUCUACCUGCCGCAGGACCAGCUCACUUGUUGGGGGGUUGGAGACAUCGAGGACCACCUCCGUCCAUACAUGCCUGACUAGGAGAAACACAUGGAAGACACCCUUCAAGGCCUUGAAGCAAGUUGUCCUUAUCUACACAUCCCACAGUUGAAUAGAAUUGAACUUGUGCUUGGAACUCUCCUUUUUGUUAACCACUCAUUUUCAUCUUGAGAUUUAGUUUUGUUUUUGUUUUUUUAAACCCCUCCAACCAAUCUUUGUUUGGUUCACCUCAUUUACCCUCUGUGUGAUUUUUAUUUUAUUUUUUUGCUGCAUGAACAUUGAUUUUGAGUGGUUGUUCUCCUGGAGCUGCACCGUCGUCAAUACCAGUCACCAAAGGAGCUCUUUCCAUUAAGGAAAUCCCCCCACAAUAUGACCAACAAAAUGGAAACCAAUGACAGAGAUAUCUCAAAUGUGGUCCUCUUGCAUUGGACUGGCUUUAACAUCAGUGUCAUGAAGGGAUAGUUAUAUUGUCUCUAAUAUUAGGAAAAUUAUAGUAGGGAUUACAUGAGUAACAACUACCAGUGACAUAGGACAAAAGUGCCUGGGUAGUCUUCCUUAAAAGGCUUCUAUUUAGAAGUUGAACAAUAUUUGUUAAAACACAUUUGUUGUAGGCAUUGCUUCUCAUUCUCAGUUACUGCCUUAGUUUUUGCUGGACAUUUUAAUUUGUGUCAUUCCUUGCCUAUAAUAUGACAAACCUUAUUUGAUAUAUUUUUUACAAUUUCUGGAGGGGUGGUGCAUGAAGGGGACGGAGGUGUGGGGUGUGAUGUAUAUGCAAGAACGCUGACAUAAACUGUCACGUCUGUUGGAGGAUUUCUGAUGCUGUUUUUUUUUCUUGGGGUUGGGAUGGUAAUGGUCACCAAUUAAGCACUAUAUACCUACAAGCUACUGAUAACAGAUUUGAUCUUUGGUGGUGGGUAUGUGAUGGGAGACUAAUGUUCAAGCUCAUGUACCUAAUGAGACAUUUUGUGGAGAUCUUGAAAUGGAUCAUUAGAUUUGUUUUUCUUUAGUAGAAAGCCCUGUUCUGAGUACAAAUUAUUGCAGUGCUUGGGGACUUGUAUCUGUAAGCGAUCUUCAUUGGGUCAUAUGGCAUAAAAUCAAUACUUUAUUGCCCACUUUGAAAUUUUAAGUUCAUAGCUAAAGGGAAGGUGGAUGUUUUUGUCUUUUAUGUACCCUUUGUUUGAAAUAAACACUGCUGAACAUAUCUUAACAAAGUGAGAAACAUUUU